UUUUUAUGAAAAAAAAAAGAAAGAGUUUUUAAUUUCAAUUAUACUCACUCCACAGACACACAAACACAAACACAGUAGUAAUAUACUCAGAAGUUUCACCCAAAUUUCUAAAUAAUCUCAGAUCAAAAAAAGUUCCAAUUAUCACUUCUCCUUCUCUUUUCCUUUCUCUGCCGAAUAACAGCUCUCAACUUUCACAUCUAUCGUAAUCGUUCAUGGAUUCUCUCCACAAGGUUUGUUGAAAAUCCUUCUCUUCCAUGGGUUUCCAUAAUUGUUGUCUUUUCAUGGUGCUCUCCUCUCCUUCCUCUGAUCUCAUCUGAAUUAUUACAGUGUUUUUAGGGCUAGGGGUUUAUGCACCUUAAAAGGAUUUUUUUAGAUCUUUGGGAUUUUAGGGUUUUUUGUAACUCUUUGUUAAGAUUAUCUCUCUCUUUUUUCUUUUUUUGUUUUUGUUUUGAGCGAUCUUGUUGAGAAAUUGCCUGGAACGUCAAGUGCAAUUGCCUGGAACGUCAAGUGAAAUUGAAGGUAUUCAUUGUUUGAUAAGCAGAAAGAGAAUUAAGGGUUUUGUAGAUAUAAUGGAUUAUCGGAGUACUGAAGGUUUCGUUAAGCAACCUUCUGACCCAAGAUUAUUACGCGAUCAUCAGCGAUUGGAAUUGGUUCCUCCAGAUUCGUAUGAGCAAGUUGAUCGACGUGAGCCGCCGCCGCCUCCUCCUCCUCCCCUUUGGUCACAGAGGAGUGUCAGCCCUCAUGGGUUGCCACAGGAUGCAGCUGUGAUUCAAAGAACUUCUAUUGAAAGGAGGGACCAUGGUUGGCCUAAUUUGGAUCGUGGGAGGACUGCUCGGAUCCGGUCGAGAUCGCCCCAGGCCAUGGUUUCUGGAGGAGAUCCUCGGAAAAGGCCUCACUUUGAUGAUGGGGUUGGUAUACCUCAAAAAUAUUCGCCAACCCCUUCAACUUCUGAGUUGCGGCAGAGAAGUGAAUUGAUCGAGCCUUCAAAUGUAAAUUUGAAUAAUGAUAGUGCUGAUUUACAUGCUAGGCGCGUUUAUGGGUACGAACAUAGUGAUCCUAGCUAUAGUAAAGAUGAAUUCAGUAAUAUCAGUUUGUCAGCAGGUGAUAAACAUCGGUCAUUAAGUCAAAAGUCAGUGGUUGUAGAAGACUCUAUGGAAGCAGGGUCGUAUUGUUCACCUCAAAAAAAUCUUGGUCGUUCAUCAGUGUAUGGGGAUGCUAGUGGUCACUUGCCAUCCUAUUCACGUACUAUGGACCCUCAACAACAUUUUGAGCUUGAAAGACAUCAGUACCGGGACUCUAUAAAUUUGAAUAGAUUACCAGUAACCCAAUCCUAUAAAGACGAAGACAAGCCUGCGUUACAUACAGGGGAUGCCUCCUACGUAACAAGGCAAGGAUCAAAUUCCAAGAGACUUGCAAGCUCCUCUUUGGGAACAUCCAGGAAUGAGUUCCUGGCUUAUCAAGAUGGCCAUACAAAUGAACUAAAAGGUAGCACAAAGCUCACUGAAGCCGUAGGUUUGAGUGGUUAUAAGGAAAGACCAAUUUUAGAUUUGUCAAGAGACCCUGAAGGGGUUCAGAGAAAUCAAAUAUUUUACCGGAGAGCGUGUAGUCCUGAUGAGAACUACAUUUUCACCAAAUCACAUGAAAAAGUAGAUGAUCAUGGAUAUCCAGAUGAUGAGUUCCGUAAAAUGAUGUCUCCACGAGGUGACCCAGACUAUAGUCGUGCUCAAAUUAUUUAUGAUCAUAGAGAUACGUCAAGGCCUAGUAUUGCACGCCCUGCCAUAGACAGGAAUGAUAAUAUUGAUGAUCCUCGUGGAUAUCUUAGAAAGGGCAUGGCUAGCUACAAUCCUGCUUUAGAGAAACACUCAGAUCCAGACUACAUUGACAUGAGAAGAAGAUCACAUAUAUCCAAGCAGGGUAGAGGAUACUUGAGUUCUGGAUUUACUCAUAUUGAGGCUGGCAGGACAGGUUCUCAAGAUCGUGAAAUUUUGCAUUUGGGUGCAUCUAAAGGUCAUCAAAUAGAUUAUGGUUUUGGGAGUGAUGCAGGUCCACAGUUUCAAGAGGAAAGGUUGAUUCGUACACCUGUCCCUAAAUAUGAGAAUGACAUCAAUAGGCAUAAUGCAAGAGUGCAGAAUAUGAGGGAUGUUAAUGUUUAUAAUCCAAGGGUGCAGAACGCGAGGGAUGACCUUGUAUAUAAUGCAAGGGUUCAGAAAGUGAGGGAUGAGGCUGAAUAUGAGACUGAAAUGCAUAGGCAUAGUGCAAGAGUGCAGAAUGUUAGGGAUGAAGGUGAAUAUGAGACUGAAAUGCAUAGGCAUAAUGCAAGAGUGCAGAGUGUGAGGAAUGAAGGUGAAUAUGAAGCUGAAAUGCAUAGGCAUAAUGCAAGACUACAGAAUGUGAGGGAUGAAGGUGAAUAUGAGACUGACAUGCGUAUGCAUAAAGCAAGAGUGCACAAUGUGAGGGAUGAAGGUGAAUAUGAGGCUGAAAUGCAUAGGCAUAAUGCAAGAGUACAGAAUGUGAGGGAUGAAGGUGAAUAUGAUACUGAAAUGCGUAUGCAUAAUGCAAGAGUGCAGAAUGUGAGCGAUGAGGCUGAAUAUGAGGCUGAAGUGCAUAGACAUAAUGCAAGAGUGCAAAAUGAACAUGCAAUAUAUAAUGCGAGGGGACAAAAUGUUGGGGGUGAGCAUAGACUAUUCAAUGCACGAGUGCAGAAUAGGAGGGAUGACCGUAGAUAUAAUGCAAGAGUGCAGAAUGAACAUGCAAUUUAUAAUCGGAGGGAUGAACCUGGAAUGUAUAAAUCACAAGAUAGAAUGGUAAAAAGAAGAUAUGAUAUUCAGGAAGAUGUAAGCACUUAUAAUUCUAGAACUACCACUUCAGGUAAAUUGUACACAGCCAGACAGUUUCAGGAUCUACACGAAACCAAUGAAGAGUGGAUCAGCGAAGAGAUGAGUGAUUUAUAUACCCCCAGAACAACUGAAUUUCAGAAUAAUGGCUAUAGGAGGUCUCAGAGGAAUUAUGAAGGACCAAACCAUACUGAAGAUUUUGUAUCGGAUGAGUGGUACUCAUCUCAGGAGUUGCCACAUGCACGAAAACAGUCAACUGGAUACUAUAAAAAUUAUGGUCGACAAAUAAAGAGUCAUCGAAGACCAGGUUAUUCAAGCCAUUAUAACUCCUACCAAUAUGAUAGGAAAAAUCAUAUUAACAGACAACAGAAAUUUUGGAAAAGAAAUGAUGGAUACUAUGAAGACAAAGACAACGAUGGUAAUCCAUCUGAAGAUUGGGUGGCCCCCGAAGAAUCUGAGCCCAAUGAGGACUCUGAGGAAUUUAAGCAACUGGUACACGAAGCGUUUCUGAAGUAUGCUAAAAAGUUGAAUGUGAACACAUCCGUGCAGAAAAGAUACAGGGAAGACGGGAGAGCUGGUAGUUUGUUCUGCAUUGUAUGUGGAAGAAGUGGCUCAAAGGAGUUCAUGGACACUCGGCGUUUGGUAACACAUGCUUAUAUGUCUCACAAGGCUGGGUUGAGAGCAGAGCACCUGGGUCUUCACAAAGCUAUUUGUGUUUUGUUGGGAUGGAGCACUGUUAUUCCUGAUGAGACAGUUACGUGGGCUCCCCAGAUACUGCCCAAGUCGGAAGCCUUAUCCCAGAAGGAGGAUUUAAUUAUUUGGCCUCCUGUCAUUAUCAUCCACAACAUUACCUUUUGGGACAAUAACCCUGAGAAAUGGAAGGUUGUAACCGUUGAUGCACUUGAAGCCUUCAUAAGAGGAAAGGGUUUGAUCAGGGGACGAAUCAAAGUUUGCCUAGGGAAGCCUAUUGACCAAAGUGUCAUGGUGGUAAAGUUUUUGGGGACUUUUACUGGACUGGGAGAUGCAGAGAAGCUUCACAAGUUCUUCAUGGAAUGUAAGCGUGGGAGAUCAGAAUUCGAGUUAGCUACUUCAAACAAUGGCACAGUCAGCGUUAAUGGUGAAACAGAGAUUGAAGGAGGAAAGUUGGAGGAAAAUAUCUUAUAUGGUUACCUUGGGAUUUCAGAAGACUUGGACAAAGUAGAUUUUACUUCCAGGAACACUGGUUUGAUCAAGAGCAAAAUGGAGAUUCUGGACCUAGCAAAUGCUCCUGUUAAACCUGAGGAAACUUAGCUGGGCACCUAUAAAAGUGAGCAAUAAGUAACUUAUAAUGGUGCAAGAGCAAAAUAUAAAUGGAAGCCUUCUGAGUCUCAUCCAACUUUCAAGGACCCCUUACUCUGCCUGCUGAUCUAAUCUCAUGUGCGCUUCUGUAGAUAAUUAGUAUCAUAUUAUUAUAUCAGAAAGAGAAAAAAAAGUCUCCAAUCUUUUGAAGGGUACUUUAUAAGAAGAUUUGACUUCGUUUUCAGUUUUUCUAUAGGAACAUCUAUAUGUUUAUAACUAGACUUCCUAUGCAUAUUUCUAGUUAUAUUUUGAAUGGGUAGCUAAAUUUUCAAACAAACUGGUUCAGAUCAGAUAUAAUCUAAUGUAUAAGACCCAACAUUACAUUUUCAGAAAAUGGGCUUAAGAGAUUUCAA